AUGGUCCGAACACUCGGAAUCCCCGGGAUCUCUCUUCACUUCCCCGGUCGAGAACUCGGCGCAACUCGAAGUGGCAUGCAGCACCAGUCGGCUCCUCUUCCCGGCCGAGUCGACACACUUCUUCCUUUCUGUGGAUCCACACAUCCGUCGCACAACAGACGCAACGUGAGCGACAUCCUUGCGAAUUUCGAGAGAAACUAUCGCUCUAAAGACUUGUUCAAACCUCCACGAAAGCCUACAUUAGUUGGCCGAAUGCUACGUUCUAGACAAGGGGAACUCGCCCAACUUGUCUACCAGCCUAUGCGACAACGACUUUAUAUUGCGCUUCCUGCAGCAUACCGUCCGGCCGUCGACAUUCCUUGCUCCGUCGUGGUUGAGGGAUAUAUAUCAAGUGACUUGGUGGCGCGUUCACUUGAUUAUGCCCUCUCAAAGCCGCUCAUGCUACACCCUCAGGCAUAUGAUAGCGAGAACCAGGUUUUGAACGAAGCGCAAGCAACCACCAAGACGUGCGCAUUGCAGCUUGCCAAUGCUGUCUGCCUGCUCAUGCACGAGCACGAUCUGCAGAUCUUAGACUCAGGUGCAGACUGUAAGCUAGAUCCUCUCGGUGAGCAGAACGGUGUACGGGAAGAGUCGGCAUCGCUUCGCCAGCGAUGA